AAUCCUAUAACGAUGAAAGUGCUAGGAGUUUUUCUAAUUUUGGCUUUGGCCCUGGUGGCCGCCUUCGAGAAGCCCGUUCCCGUGAAGGAUAUGCCCGUGGGCAAGAACAUUAACGGACGUAUCACCAACGGAUAUCCGGCGUACGAGGGAAAAGUUCCGUACAUUGUGAGCCUGUUCUUUGACAACGGCAACGGUAGUGGCUGGUACUGUGGUGGUUCCAUCAUCGAUCACACCUGGGUCCUCACCGCCGCCCACUGCACCAACGGAGCCGCCGGCGUGACUAUCGGCUACGGAGGAGUGUGGCGUUCUCAGCCCCAGUACACCCACUACGUGCACCACAACGACUUUGUCCAGCACCACGCCUACGACACCAGCACGAUCAACAACGACAUCUCCCUGAUCCGCACCCCGCACGUCGACUUCUGGUCCCUGGUCAACAAGGUGGAGCUGCCCAGCUACAACGAUCGCUACAACAACUACUACGGCUGGUGGGCCCUUCUCUCCGGAUGGGGCGCAACCUCCGACAGCAGUGGAGUAUCUGAGUACCUCAACUGUGUGGACAUCCAGAUCGCGGACAACUCCGUCUGCGAGUCCUACUACGGCACCACUGUGAUCACGCCCAACCACGUCUGCAUUGCCACUCCGGAGAACAAGGGCUCCUGUGGCGGCGACUCCGGUGGUCCCCUGGUCCUCCACGACGGAAACCGUCAGGUGGCUAUUGUGUCCUUCGGAUCCGCUGCUGGCUGCCUCUCCAACGGCCCCAAGGGAAUGACCCGUGUGACCAGCUAUCUGGACUGGAUCCGCGACAACACAGGCAUUUCCUACUAAAAUAAAAAUAAUCUGAGAUAUU